AUGACGAACAAAUCCUACCUCGCAUUCCUCGAGCACUCGACUGCAGUCAUGCUCGUAAGAGCAAAGGUCCCCGGCUUGUCGCAGCUGCCCAGCUUCAUUCCACAUCGUGUGCGCAGAAAAUGGCGGGCCACCCGCUCGCGCAUCCGCAGCAGACAGUCUCCCACGUCAUCCAUCGCCUCCCUCGAAACCUCCUUCUCCCCCGCCGACACCCUGCGCUCGCUGCGGACCCAUCCGUGGUCCAUAUACGAUGGCCAGUACCUAAUACUAGCCAUUGUGGCCAUCUUCUCGCUGUCCGUCAUGGAAUCUCCAGGGCCCUUUGCGAAGACCUUCGUCGCCGCGCUGCUCAUGUUGGGCCUCGUGUUGCCAGCCAUACGACAAUUCCUCCUCCCAUUUCUCCCCGCAUUAACCUGGAUGCUCCUAUUUUACUGUUGCAAAUUUAUAUCCAGCGACUAUCGGCCUUCGAUUUGGGUCCGUGUUCUUCCUGCGCUCGAAAAUAUCCUGUAUGGCGCCAACCUGAGCAAUAUUCUGUCCGCGCAUAAGCACGUCGUUUUGGAUCUUCUGGCUUGGAUACCGUACGGCAUUGUGCACUAUGUCUCUCCCAUUAUCGUCAGCGCGUGCAUGUUUCUCUGGGGCCCGCCCGGAACACUUCCGAUCUGGGCUCGAGCAUUCGGAUACAUGAACUUGGCGGGCGUGAUCAUCCAGCUCGUUUUCCCGUGUUCUCCGCCAUGGUAUGAGAACCUCUAUGGCCUGGCGCCUGCAAAUUACUCUAUGCCGGGCGAUGCCGCGGGGUUGAAGGCCAUCGACAAGCUACUUGGCGUAGAUCUGUAUACCUCCACAUUCCAUGCAUCGCCAAUGGUUUUCGGCGCAUUCCCAUCGCUACACUCCGGUUGGGCCACACUCGAGACUCUGUUCAUGGGACACGUCUUCCCUAAACUGUUCCCGUUCUACGUUGCAUACACCAUGUGGCUGUGGUGGUCUACCAUGUACUUCUCGCACCAUUAUGCUGUAGACCUUGCUGCGGGCAGUCUUCUUGCUGGCAUUGCAUAUUUCUGGGCAAGAGCCAAGUUCCUUCCUCGCGCACAACCUGAUAAAGAGUUCCGUUGGGAUUACGACUAUGUCGAGAUCGGCGAUCCUCAAGACGGCUCAAGUUAUGGGAUGUUGGACAUAUACGAAGAAUUCCAUCCACAAUCCGAUAGCGAUGAAUGGACCGUUGGGUCCUCGUCCUCCGCAUCGUACUCAUCUGGGGGCAGGAGUCCAUCUACAGGAUCUCGAUCACCUGUGGACGACGCUCAAAGCCUCUGGGAAGGCGACACUCUUGCAUCCGACCAUGAGCACGAGCUCCGAUAG